CCCCUUACACUGCGCUGUAGCUCCUCCCGCUGCAGUUUUGGGUACUGGGGACGUGGCAAAGCAAAGUCUGCGGAGGAAAAGGGCACGGCACCCCUUGAGGCAAGGAAAUAAGAAAGCUGCCUCUGAUCCAAGCAGAGCAGGUCCAACUUCAGUGGCAGAUCUGGUGUCCUUGGAGUGGCUGAAGACCACCACCCUCCACAGGGCUGCGCUCAGGCACACAGCCAUUCUUCCCUUACCUGAGUGAGCUUCCUCUGCACGUUGUUUAUAUCAUUGGCAGAGCCUGUAGUUGGAAAGGGGGCCGAGUGACGAAUGGACUUUGUAUGAAAACACCAACCUGGGACAGACCUUCAGUCAAGGUUGAGAUGGGGUUGGGGUAUAUAACCUGGCCUUGCCUUUAACUUGGAUCAUAACUGGCUCUGAGGCUAAAGCAGGGGCAGAGCAGGGGCUGGGGCUGCCCUAAAAGCUGCAAUCAGUGGCCCUGCCAACACUAGAGCCAAGGCUAAGAUCCAGGCCAAGGCUAAGAUCCAGGCCAAGGCAGUGGCUGAGGCAGAACUGAAAACAGGACCAGUGCCCCAGGCCAAGGCUGGGGAUGGAGCAGUGGCCAGGACACAGUGACCUACACUGAGGCCGUGACUAUGACAAGGGAUGUGGGCAAGAUGGAAGCUAUGACUAAGAAUAGAGUCAUGACUGAGACUAAGGCAAAAUCCAUGGCAGAACCUGGUAUAGUGCCCCAAACCAAGCCAAAGGUGAUGCCUAUGGCCAGGGUCAGUGCAGUGACCAAGUACGAAGUCAAGGCUGGUGCUGGACGUGAAGCCAGUAUCAGGUCCUUUGCCAAGGCUGAUGAUAAGGCCAAUAUUGAGUCCAGGCCCCAGAGAAAGAGAGAGGACGGCAUCAAAUUCAGGGCUGGGGCUGGGGACAGAGCUGGUAUUGUAAUCAAGUCCAGUGAUGAGGAUGAAGAAAAUGUCUGCUCCUGGUUCUGGACCGGAGAAGAGCCUAGUGUAGGAUCCUGGUUCUGGCCUGAAGAGGAGACUCCUUCUCAAGUUUAUAAGCCUCCACCUAAGAUCCAGGAAAAGCCCAAGCCCAUACCCAAACCAGAACUCACUAUAAAACAAAAAGCAGCAGCAUGGUCAAGGGCCAGGUAUAGUGUCCUAGUCCCAAUAGAAGGAGGGGAGCCAUCCUUGCCUGCAGAAGGGAAUUGGACUCUGGUUGAGACCUUGAUUGAAACUCCUCUGGGGAUUCGGCCUCUGACCAAGAUCCCACCCUAUAAUGGGCCUUACUUCCAAACCUUAGCUGAGAUCAAAAACCAGGUUAAGUAUAGGGAAAAGUAUGGGCCCAAUCCAAGAGCCUGCCGCUGUAAAUCACGUGACUUUAGUUUAGAGCCUAAAGAGUUUGAAAAACUCGUUGCCCUACUUAAGUUAACUAAGGAUCCUUUUAUUCAUGAAAUAGCUACUAUGAUAAUGGGCAUCAGUCCUGCUUAUCCAUUUACCCAAGAUAUAAUUCAUGACGUAGGUAUUACUGUUAUGAUUGAAAACUUGGUCAAUAAUCCCAAUGUUACAGAACACCCUAGAGCUUUAAAUAUGGUAGAUGACAACUCUGAGUCUUCUGAAGAACCAAAACCAGCAGAGUUAUAUAUACAUCAAGUUUGUAAGGACAUAAUCUCUUACCCGUUGAACUCCCCUGUGCAACUGGCUGGACUAAAAUUAUUAGUGCACCUGAGUGUGAAAUUUGAGGAUCACCGUAUAAUUGCUAAUUACAUUCCAGAUUUUCUUACCUUGUUAAACAAGGGAAGUGUCAAAACCAAGUUUUAUGUUUUAAAAGUGUUUUUGCGCUUGUCUAAAAAUCAAGCCAAUACAAGAGAACUGAUUAGUGCCAAAGUACUAUCAUCAUUGGUUGCGCCCUUUAACAAGAAUGAGUCAAAGGCCAAUAUUCUUAAUAUCAUUGAAAUAUUUGAGAAUAUAAAUUUCCAAUUCAAAAAGAAGGUGAAGCUGUUUACCAAGGAAGAGUUCACUAAAUCUGAGCUUAUUUCCAUAUUCCAGGAAGCAAAAGAGUUUGGUCAGAAACUCCAAGACUUAGCAGAGCACAGUGAUCCUGAGGUGCUGUCGUCCCUCAACUGGAAUCCUUGGCUCUUUUGAAGACUAUCACUCUGGAUGAUCUAACCAUUAUGAGAGAUUUAGAGGGACCUUCACACAGAAGAGAAAACACAGAGAAGGGGAAGAAGACAAUAUGACCAUAGAGGCAGAGAUUGGGGUAAUGUAACCACAAGCCAAGGAAUGCUAACAGCCACCGGAUGCUGGAAGAGGCAAGAAAGGGAUUGUUCCUGAGAACCUCUGGAGGAAGCAUGGCACUACCAACACCUUGCUUUUGGCCUAGUGAUACUGAUUUUGCAUUUCUGCUCCCCACAAUUGUGAGAAUAAAUUUCUGUUAUCAGCCACCCAAUCUGUGGCAAUUUUUUACACUAGCAAUAGGAAAUAAAUACUAACAUUCUUUUAGUUAUUUCAUUUGUUAAAGUAUAUGUUUCAGGUGUAUCAUUUGACUCAUUCUGCCAAAGAAUCAACAGGUUUCCUCCUUCUUCCCCCUGCAAAUUUAUGAUUAUAAUAACAGGACCUACAGGACUGUGUGUAUAUGUGAGUAUGCACUGAGCAUAUGUGUAAGUGCACAUGCACACUACACAUCUGUUGAUAUCUGUCAAAUUUGCUUCCCCUUGGAACUUUAUUGCUGUCCUACCCCUGUUGUUUCUAAAUUCCAUCCAUCCUGGGAACCUGGGUGGCUCAGUGGGUUAAGCGUCUGCCUUUGGCUCAGGUUAUGAUCCUGGGGUCCCAGGAUUGAGUCCCAUAUUGGGCUCCUUGCUCAGCAGGGAACCUGCUUUUCCCUCUGCCUGCUGCUACCCCUGCUUGUGCGCAUGCUCUUUCUCCCUGACAAAUAAAUACAACCUUUUAAAAAAUAAAAAAUAAAUAAAUUCCAUCCAUCUCGUAACAGAUGAGUUAAGCUGGUGACUAAAGGAUGACAAUUUUAAUUAAAUUUUUGGAAACAUCCUUUACUAUGACAUUAGGAUUCACUUUUUUAAGUAGCAAUGCUGACUCAGAUAGAAUGCCUAAAUUUAAUUCAGUUUCACAGGUGGCACCCAGAAAAGUUUUACCAAUUUACAAUAUACAGAUUGGAAUUAAAUAUAAAGGCAUCGGGGAGUGAGAAAUGUAACCAUCCUGACAUUUCACAAAAGGAUAGGGUCUAGUUUCUGUCAAAGACCAUCUUUCAAGCUUUAGCCACAGUUAGUUGCCUUACAAGUGAUCAGUAAUAGACAAGAAUUUAUGCAUAAGUGCCUCCCAAAGCAGCUUUGUAGUCAUUCAUGACAAGACCACAAGGCUUGGAUUUAACCAACUUUGGUAUUUAUCUUAGGACCAGGAGAGGGAAAAUGAUUAAAGAAUAUGAAUUGUAACAAAACAAGAAAUAAAGAUUGACCAACUAAAAUAUUAAAAGAAUUAAAAGAAUCUUUAAAUUCAUAUGUAAUGAAAAAAAUACUGGUUUUCAUUUAUGACAUUGGUGAGGCUUUUCAUAUUAAAUGUUGGAUACAUAAAAUAAGAGGAAUUGAGUAAACAAGCAUGCCAAUAACUUGCUGCAAGGACUGUUCUAUGAUAUGACUUUAAUGCAGAAAUAAUUUUAUAAUAUAAAUAAACAGGAGGUCCAUAUUUUCGGGUCCAGCACUCGUGGACAUACAUAAUUAGGAAAUUAAGUAGACAAAUGAGACAAGAUAAAAUGUGUGUAUGAUGAUGGUUAUCAUGGCUUAAAACAUUAGACAGUCUGUCUAUUUCAUAUUAAUAACAAAAAAGUGACAGUUUAGUACUAAUAAAUGCUAUUGGCAGCAUCUAAACCACAAAUAAUGGUGAGCUCUGUAGGAUUCUAAAGGGAAUGCAGAUGCCAAUGAGAAGGGACAGUGUAUUCACUUAGAAAGACUCACUCAAAUAUUAGAUGCCAACAGCUUCACUCCUCUCUGGAUAAUUUUAUAAAUAUCACAAGAAUUACCUCAUAUUUUCCAGACUAGAAAGCAUCACACCAGGAAGGCAAAGGGUUAGGUUCUCCUGUGGGCUCCUGUCUUUGGAAUCUGAAAGAAAAGGCAAAAGCAGUUAACAGGGAAGAGUACUCGGAGUGUGUGACCAUCUAGCCAGCUGAGGGCAGGACUUCCAUGCAUGAAGAGCUGCUAUCUGAGAGACAAAACCCAGUAAUCCUCGUCUUCUGUCAAGUAGUGACUGUGAUUAGCACCAUGCUAGACACUAGGUUAAAGUGAUAAAAUACACAGACUGAAUUUCACAGUGAUCGUGAAAACUAGAAGGAACCAUGCAUUUCACUAGUGUCUUAUAUUUCAUUCUUCCUUAGUGUAACACAAAUACCUCAAUCAGACCUUACAUUCAAAAUAUGAUAUUGAAAUUAAAAUGUAUAAGUGUUUAUCAUGAAACUACAAUAAUGAGAUGAUUUGGUGAUGAGUUAAAAAUAGAACUAUAGAACAGAUUAGAAAUCAGAAACUGACCAAAAUAAAUACAGAGAUUUUAUAUAUAAUAAAGAUAGCAUGACAUUAUUCAAAAAUGGUAUCUGGGGAGUAGUAUCAGGGAAGAUGGUGGAGCAGAAAGUACCAUGAAACCAUCUCUCCACUUAGAAAAUAAUUUUACUGGUAAAAAUUGUCUGAAGUAACUAGAUUGAAAUUAUGGAUUCUAUUUGAACUUUUGCAGCUUUCAGGGGAAAGCUUAGCUGAUAAACUAUGGAUAAUAGUCAAUUUCAGCCUUCAGUUUGGUAGCAUCUACUAAUUCUCCAAUCUCCAGGCUCAUGGCAGGCAGCUGUGGGACACAAACCUGCAUUUGAAACAUGACUUGCUGGAGCCAAGGUGGACAGCAAAGACAUUGUCCUCUAAGAAUUGGUGUUUGUGUUCUGAUUUUUGAUAGUUUCAGAUCACUGAGAUGCAAGUACAGAGGCUGGUCAUUGUUUCGCACCUACCAGCUAAGGUGGCUUCCAAGGUAUGUAGAGGAGAUGCACCUGGGGUAUUUGGGCGGGAGGGGGGGCAUUCAAAACAACUGCAUAUACACGAUAAUUUAGAAAGCCACUGUGCAUGUACAAGGAAAGACACAGUCUCAGAAAAGCCCUGAGAAGACUUUAAACUUUCACCUCAGGCUGAUUUCCAGCAAAGAGGCAUCCUACAACCAUAACAUUAAAAAAACAGCAAAAUCCUGGAUAUGGCAAAGAGAAUCUAAUUUCCAAAGUUACUACAUUAUAAGAUUCAAAUGUUCAGUUUUCAACAAAAGAUCAUAAGGCAUACAAAGAAACACGAGAGUGUGGCUCAUUCAAAGGAACAAAAUAAAUCUACAAAAAACUUACCUGAGGAAGCAUAGGUUUCACACAUAAAAAAAGACUUCAAAACAACUAACAGAAGACAUGGACAGAGAAAGGAAUAAUGUAUGAACAAAAUGAGGUUAUCAAUAAAGAGAAAUAAUAAAAAGAAGCCAAAAAGAAAUUUUGGAAUUGAAAGCUAAAAUAACUGAAAUGAAAAUAUACUUUAGAAGUUCAAAGACAUAUUUGAGAAAGCAGUAAAAAGAAUCAGUUAAUUUGAAGUAAGGGCAAUGGAAAUUAUUGAGUCUCAUGAAUAGGAAGAAAAAAUAUGAAGAAAAGUGAACAGAACCUAAAACACCUGUGGGACACCAUCAAGCUGACCAAUAGACCAACAUAUACAAUUGUAGGAAUUCCAGAGAAGAGAGAUAGGAGCAGAGAUUUGUUUUUUGGGUAUUGAGUUUUAUAAGUUCUGUAUUUAUUUUGGAUACUAAUGGUUUAUCAGAUAUGUCAUUUGCAAAUAUCUUCUCCCAUUCAGGUUGACUUAGUUUUGUUGAUUGUUUCCUUUGCUGCUAAGUGAAAUAAGUCAGAGAAAGAUAACUACCAUAUGAUUUCAAUCAAUUGUGGAAUUUAAGAAAAAACAGAUGAACAGAGGACGGGGAAAGAGAGAGGCAAACCAGAAAACAGACUCUUAACUAUAGAGAACAAACUGAGGG